AUGGCCAGAAAACUCAAGGGUCGUCCUCGCUCUCACAAGAACCCUUCCGGCUUGAAGGCAAAGCUACUUCUUCAUCAAGCCUCUCUCAAAAACUCUUCUGCUGUCUCUCCUCCCCAUCCUACCAAAAAGAAAAAAAUUCAAUCUUCUCAAAUUUUUAUUCCUUUCCAAAAAAACGAUAAGAUCUUGUUAAUUGGUGAGGGCGACUUCUCUUUUUCUUUAUCGCUUUUAAAAUCAAGUCUAAUCGCCUCUCCUGACAAUUUAAUCCUCUCUUCUUUUGAAAAAUCUACUGACGAUUUACUGAAAAAUUAUUUUAAAUCUUUCCCAUCUAUUUACAACCAAUUAAUCAAUGAUUUUAAUUUUAUUUUAAAUAAAAACUUCUUUCUUAACAUCGACUGCACUAAUUUAAUCCAGUCUUUUAAAUCUCAAUUGAAUGAUAAAAAUUUAUCUUUAUUAUUAAAUUUUUUUACCAAUAAUAAUAAUAAUAAUAAUAAUAAUAAUAAUAAUGAUUAUGAUUAUGAUAAUAACAACAAUAACGAUAAAAAUAAAAAUAACAACAGCAAUAUAAUUUUAUUCAAUUUUCCUCAUCUUGGUAAUGGAAUAAAAGAUUUUAAGAAAAAUAUUCAUCAACAUCAACUUUUUCUACUAUCUCUUUUCAAAAAUUGUAAACAAUUUUUUAAUUUAUUAAAUAAAUUUAAUAACAAUAAAAAUAAUAAUAACAGUAACAAUAAUAAACUAGUAAUAUCUCUAUUUAAUGGCGAACCUUAUGAUUCUUGGAAUAUUAAAUCGUUAGCUAAAUCUCUUGAUAUUUCUCUACAAAGAUCUGGUGAUUUUAAUUGGCGAUCCUUUCCCCUUUAUCAUCAUAGAAGAACAAAUAGUAUGUUUGAUACAACAAAACCAUCUUAUGAUCGCUCUGCUAGAUUUUAUCUCUUUAAUCUUUAA